AUGCGACGACGGGCAAGGGACAUUGAGAGCUUGGACUAUGAUCUGUUUGAGAGUGUCGUCAACAAGUCAGGUUUGAGCUACAAGUACCGCGACGGUCGAGAACGACGCUUCUCCGUCUUCUUUAGAUGGGUGCUCACGUGGUUUACGGGGUUCUUGACCGCGUUGGCGGGCAUCGUCUUGCUGUUCUGCACGCAACACAUCUCGAUCCUGAAGCGACAGGUCAUGGAGCAUUACAUCAACACCCCGUCAUCUUCCUUGCACAUCCAUGAAGAGAACGACUCCCGUCCACUCGUGUAUGGCGUUCUCCUCGGGAUCAACGUCGGCCUUGUCUCGAUUGCGGCGAUCUUGACCAUCUUUGUCGAGCCCGUGGCAGCUGGAUCAGGCAUUUCCGAGAUCAAGUCCAUGCUCAACGGCAUGAAGAUCCCGCGCAUGCUCCGCUUCCGCACGCUUUGCUGCAAACUGAUCGGCACCAUCUGCUCGGUCGCGGGUGGCCUACCCGUGGGAAAGGAAGGGCCGAUGAUUCACAGCGGAGGCAUCAUAGCCGCUGGUUUGUCCCAGGGCAAAUCCAAUGCACUGGGGUACGAUACAAGCUUUACAUACUUUGCCGGGUUUCGCAACGACCACGAGAAGCGCGACUUUUUGUCGUGCGGGGCGGCGGCGGGGGUCGCGGCGGCGUUCGGCGCCCCCAUCGGCGGCGUCCUCUUCGUGCUGGAGGAAGGCGCAUCCUUCUGGAACCAGUCGCUGACGUGGCGCACGCUGUUUUGUGCGAUGGUAUCGACGUUCACUCUGGCGUUUUUCAUUUCAGGCAUGGCGGCCAGCUGGGGCACGCUGGGCGGCCAGGCAGGGACGUUCACUCUUGGCCCGUUUACGCUGUCGACGUACCAGGUGUGGGAGAUCCCGAUCUUCAUCUGUAUGGGCGCCGGCGGCGGUGUCCAAGGCGCGCUGUUCAAUGCCGUCAACCUGCGGCUCUCGCGAUUUCGCGGCCGGUGGAUUCAAACCAAGGGCGUUAUGGUGCUGGAGGCUGUCGUGUUGGCCGUGGCCGUCACCACCGUAGCGUUCUGGCUCAGUGCCACAUGGGGGUCGUGCCAUCCGCUGCCGCCUCUGAAACCCGUUGCCUCCGUUGGCGGCAGCACCAAGGAGGACGAGGACGCGUACCCGUAUCGGGACGAGAUGGUCCGAUUUUACUGUCCACGGGGGGAAUACAAUGACCUGGCGACGCUGCUGCUAUCCCCGGGGGAGUCGGCGAUCCGGCACCUUUUCCAUGCCCCCCCCGAAACGUUCGACAUGUACAACCUCGUCGUGUUUUGGCUCGCGACCACGUGCCUAGCAUGCUGGACGUACGGCCUCAAGGUGCCGAGCGGGCUGUUCAUCCCGGCGCUCCUCGUGGGAGCCGCCUACGGCCGCCUCUGGACGCGGCUGAUCAACCACGUGACGCUGCACAUGCCGCACGCCAAGACGACGGACGCGCGCAUCUAUGGACUGAUCGGGUCGGCCGCGAUGCUCGGCGGCAUCACGCGGAUGACCAUCUCGUUGACUGUGAUCUUGUUGGAGUGUACAGGCAAUGUCGAGUACGGGCUGCCGUUGAUCGUAACGUUGUUCUCUGCGCGAUGGGUGGGCAACUACUUUAAUCAUGGCAUUUACGACAUCCACAUCCAUUUGCGCCAGCUGCCGUUUCUGGACUGGGAUCCCCCCGUGGAAGGCUCGCGCAUGCGCGUCAAGCACGUCAUGACACGGCACCCCAAGAGCGUCCGCACGGUCGAGCGCGCGGGCCUGAUAUGGGACUACCUGAGCCUCACCACGCACAACGGGUUCCCCGUCGUCGUGGACGACCCGACGUUCGGCCCAAAGUUCUUUGCCGGAAUCAUCCUGCGCAAACAACUGACGGUGCUACUGGCUCAAAAAGACUUUGCGAGUUUGAAGCCGCGGCCGUUCUCGAGACAUCCGCCCCAAGAACCAAACGAUGUCGCAGGGGACGCCGCCGCGACCUGUCUCAGCUACCAAGACAUGGAGGCGGCGUACCCCAAUUACCCCGAGCCAGACGUCGGCUACACGCUGUCGGACGCAGAACGCGACCUGUGGGUGGACCUGACGCCAUACAUGAACCAAACCCCGUUUGUGAUCCAGGAAGAAGCGCCGUUUACCCGCGCAUAUCGGCUCUUUCGGUCGUCCGGGUUGAGACAUUUGGUGGUUGUGAACCGCCACAUGAACGUCAAGGGGCUGAUCACCCGACGGGAGCUCGAGGAGGACCACUGCGCGCGGUGCUGGCGGCUCAGUCGCGGCGACGGCCUCGACGACGACCCCGACACGUACAACUACUCGACCAAAGACAGCAGCACCACCACGACCCUUUCCGGAUGGAGCGGCAUCCCCCACCGCCUGCUUAAACGCUCCAUCGACCGCCAUGACCAAGUGCGGCGGAUGCUCCACAUGUCCAAGACCCAGCCGCUGCUUGACGGCGACGAUGUCUGGCGACCGCUGGAACCAGCAUCGGCACGUGGCCGUCGGCAUGAUGACGACGACGAAACGAAGGACGACGACGUACUAGUUGUAUAGCAAGCAACACAACACCUUCGAAAUUUCAUGUAAAAUGAAGUUGAAGAGGUAUCUUUGCGCGUGCAAUACUACAAUCAAUCUGUUUAGCCAAUCAAGUUACAACGUUCAUUGUUUGUAGCCAAUCAUACUCCUUUGCGAUUAGUUGGCGAUUUCAUCAAU